AUGGUGCAGGUGGCUACCAACUUCAUUGCUGCCGGCGGCAACAGGCAGCCCAACGCCGCCGACUGGGACCAGCACGGCUCCGGUUUGCUCGCUUAUGGCGCCGGAAACAACAUCGCUCUAUGGGAUCCCCUGGAUCCUACAUAUCGCGGAAGCUAUGCCGCACUUUCAGGUCACACAAACACCGUCAACGUCGUCAAGUUCUUCCCCUCGUCGAAGUCACAGGAGAAGAUAAUUUUGAGCGGAGCUGCCGACAACACUAUCAGAAUAUGGGCCAGCGAUGCUUCUUCCCCCACCGGGUUCCAGGAGAAGGCAGUGCUGACAGCGCAUACCGCAUCCAUCAACACCAUUGCCGUCCUCCCCGACUCAGAUAUCUUCGUCACCGGUGCCGCCGAUGCCACCAUCAGAAGCUGGAAGCUGGAACGCAAGGACGACGGCUCCAUAAAUGCCGAGCUACUUCAAACCAUCGACCUCAAACAGGAGCCCAAGACCGCCUACUUCCCCCUCUCCGUGACCCUCGCCCACCUCUCCCCAUCCACCCUCAUCCUCGCCGCCGCCGGCACAAAGAACCACAUCCAAAUCUACGUCCAACAGCAGACCUCCUCCCCCACCUUCACGCUCGCCGCCACCCUCAAAGGCCACGAAGACUGGAUCCGCUCCCUGACCUUCGCCCUCGAGCCGUCGACGUCCGACCUCCUCCUCGCGUCUGCCAGCCAGGACCGGUACACGCGGCUCUGGCGCGUCCACGCCGGCGAAGCGCUGCCCGCCGCGACGGCCGCCAUGGUGGAAGAGACGAACCCGGCGCUGGCGGGCAGCGUGCUCGGGCGCAGCCUGCACAACAAGGCGCACCGCAUCGCCGACGCGGACGGCGCGCCAUACUCGAUCACGUUCGAGGCGCUGCUGGUCGGGCACGAGGACUGGAUCUACUCUGCGCAAUGGCGGACGCAGGAAGCAGCUUCCGCAGAGGGAGAGGGCACCAGCAGCAAGCUCCAGCUCCUCACCACCUCCGCCGACAGUUCCAUCGCCGUGUGGGAAGCCGAUCCCACGUCCGGCGUCUGGGUCAGCGUGACGCGGCUGGGCGAGAUCAGCGCGACGAAGGGCGCGACGACGGCGACGGGUAGUGUCGGCGGCUUCUGGGUCGGGUUGUGGGCGCCGGACGGGCGGUCCGUCGUCUCGCUCGGGCGGACGGGAGGAUGGCGGUUGUGGACGAGAGGCUACUCGUCCUCCUCGCAGGAUGCCGGAGACGAGAAGAAGAUCGACGACGAUGACGACCGCUGGACCCAGCGCGUUGCCGUGACGGGCCACGUCCGCGCCGUUAGGGACGUCAAGUGGGCGCGCGACGGCUCGUACCUCCUGACGACGAGCGCCGACCAGACGACGCGGCAGUUCGCGCAGUGGAAGCGCGAUGAUGGUGACAGCAGCAGCAGCCAAACCUCCUCCUGGCACGAGUUCUCGCGCCCGCAAAUCCACGGCUACGACCUGAACUGCCUCGCGCCGCUCUCCAGCCCCCUCCACUUCGUCUCGGGCGCCGACGAGAAGCUCCUCCGCGUCUUCGACCAGCCCUCCGCCGUCGCCGAGCUCCUCUCCCAGCACUGCGGCAUCAACACCGCAGCAACAACCAAUGGCGCUGCCAGCGCGGGCGGCGGCGUCAAGCUCCCCGACGCCGCCAACAUCCCCGUCCUCGGCCUCUCCAACAAAGCCAUCGAGACCAACGACGAGGCUGCCGAACCCGACACCUCCGCCCCGGCCAACGACGUCACAGCCGGCGAGACGACCGCGCGCAAAGCUGUGACCCUCACGCACCCGCCGACCGAAGACCACCUGUCGCGGCACCUGCUGUGGCCCGAGGCGGAGAAGCUGUACGGGCACGGCUACGAGAUUAGCGCCGUGGCGGCGGCGGCGAGCGCGGGCGACGUCGUCGCGACGGCGUGCCGCGCUACGUCGGUCGAGCACGCGGUGAUCCGCCUGUACGAGACGCGCGGGUGGCGGCAGGUGUCGUUCACCGCCGGCGAAGAGCGCGCGCCGAGCAUGCGGCUGCACAGCUUGACGGUGACGGGGCUGUCGUUCAGCGGGCCUUCUUCUAUCCCUGGUAGCAAGGGAGAUGAGUACCUCCUCAGCGUCGGCCGCGACCGCGUCUUCGGCAUCUGGGGGCGCGAGCAAGAGACACCCUCAUCAGCAAGCGGCGAGCAGCAGCCCCGCUACACCCUCCUCCACGCCCAAGAAAAAGCGCACUCCCGCAUGCUGCUCGGCGGCUCCUGGGCGCCCGCCGCAUCGCCGUCAUCAUCGCCAUCAUCCCGCGUCUUCGCCACCGCAGGCCGCGACUCCAAGACCGAGGACGAGAAGAAGCCUACCAUCACCCACCUCACCACGCUCCCCUCGCCCGGCCCCGUCACGGCCGUCGCCUUCCAUCCGGACAUCGUCGGCGAUGGGCGCGUCGUCCUGGCUUUCGGCACGGAGAAGGGCGAGCUGCUGGUCGGACACUUUGUGGCGGACUUCGGUGACGUGCUGGAUCGGGCGGUGGCGCCGAGUGAUGUUGUCAACGCAUUGGCGUGGAGGCCGGUUGGUGUUGAUGGUGGUGAGGAGGGUGUUGAGUUGGAGUUGGCGGUGGGCAGUGAUGAUGGGAGCGCCAGGGUCUAUGGGGUGAGGAUCUAA